AUGAACAAUAAGGACUUAACCGUGUACUACCAAAACGUACGCGGACUUAGGACGAAGUGCUUAGAACUGCGGCAAAGUACUUUAUGUAACGAUUUCGACAUUAUCAUAGUUACAGACACAUGGCUGCAUGACGGAAUAUUUGACGCCGAGAUUUGCGACGACCGGUACGACGUGUUCCGAGCGGACCGCGACCUAGCUUCUACUGGCAAGAGCACUGGGGGCGGCGUCAUGAUAUUAACGCGAAGAACUUUAGGUGUCACACUAUUGGUACUCGACUCGAGCGCGUCUAUUAAGCCUAUCGCUGUCGAGUUGAUAUGGGUUUCGUUGUCUAUGCGUGUCUGCGGUUCUCAUUCGGAUUUAAUUAUUUGCGCUGUUUAUAUACCACCUGAACCACGAAUAAUGUCCGAUAAUAUAAAUGCUUUAGAAGAACAAGUCUUGUUUGUUAAUAAUUUACAUACUAAUUCAAAUUAUCUAGUCAUUGGAGAUUUUAAUUUAAGCUGUAUUUCCUGGGAAAACGAUUGUCCAUUAUUCUUAAAAAAAGGCCCCAAAGAAGUGCAGGCUGCUGGCAUGCACUUAGUGGAGGAGUUAGAAUUUAUAAAUUUAAAACAAUUUAACUUUCUUAAAAACUACGCAGGCAAUACUUUAGAUUUAUGUUUUUCAAACCUACCACUUCUAAUAUGUGAUAACCAUACUCCGCUGGUUAACGUAGAUCGUGCUCAUCCUCCUUUUACAAUUAACAUAACAGACUUUAACAAACAGCCGCUACGUGAAUCUUUUAUUCCUAGGAGAAGUUUUUAUAAAGCUGAUUACGCCAGUAUUAGUGAAAAUUUGAGCGCACAUGACUGGCCUAGCUUAUUGCGAACAGGCACUAUCGAGGAGGCGGUUGAUGUUUUUUAUGAUAUUUUGUAUGCUUGUGUAGAUAAGUACGUCCCUUUACGUAAAUCAAAACCGAGUAGAUCGUACCCUAAGUGGUACAGUUCUGCUCUUAUAAAAAUUGUCAGGGAGAAGUACAAAGCUCACAAAAGAUGGAAGAAAUACGGUAACCCAACAGACUAUGACGAAUUCACAUUGCUUCGCUGUAGGGAGCGACGUGUACAAAAACAAUGUUUCAAUAACUUUACUUCAAACUGCCAGGUCAAUAUCAAAUCGAAUCCUAAAUUAUUUUGGACUUUUGCUAAAGCUCUUCGAUGGGGUUCCAGUUACCCUAAGUCUUUAAGUAUGGGCAUCGACAAAUUUUUGGAUAGGAAAGAGAUUUGCGACGGUUUUAACUCAUUUUUAAAAACGCUUUCGUUAAUCACCAUAAGACGGAUCAGUUUCCAGAAAACGUCUCUCAUGGGCUAG